AUGUCAAUUUUCAAUGAAUUAGUACUACCAAAAAUCAUUGAAAUAUCAAAUGAGAUAACAAAGAAUUUUAAUGAUGAUCUUAAGGCCGCGUUAGAGUGUUUCGAUAAAUUUGAAGAAGAAUUUCUAAAUGGCAAAGGCAGAACGCGGGAGACACAGAAAGAUAAAAAUGCUACGACGACCCUUCAAAGCAUAAAUGAGGAUGAAGAUGAAUCUGUUAAGUCCAAUGAAAAAUCAAAAUCUUCUGAUAGAACAUCAACAGAAAGCACUGAGCGAAGAGGCUCAAAGAAGAGAAGUAAACAUGAAGUGGAUGGUAUUGAAAGUCCUGAAGUUGAAAAACGCCAGAAACGCAAUGCAUCUGUUAAAGCACAGAGUAUUAUUACUAAACAGGUGAAUGUAAAUUUAACGCAAAAAAUGCGUCGUGAAGGCUCACUAGAGAAAUCUGGCAAGAGUCGCCGCCGGAAGGAAGAUGAUAAGGAAAAUGCUGAACCAUUGCCCGUUGUACAAAUAAAACUAGAAAAGAUCUCAAUGCCACCUGAGCCUAUGAAAGUGGAACAGGAGGAUGAAAUAGCAAUGCCUCCACCUCCUGCGCCUGUACCAAAGCCACGUAAAGCGUUGCAAAAGGAGAAGGAGAAGGAAAUAGAGCCGGUAGAAGAAGAAGGUUCGAGAAGACGAACCACACGUACUCGCAAACAGACGGACAGUUUGCCUCCACAGCCAGCAUCAAACAGAUCGACCAGGGCUAGUUCUCGAACAACAAGACAGAACGAAGAAGAAGUUCCACCGCCUGAGACAAGGCCAAAACGAACAAGAACUAAGAAGUUAGCAGAAACCUCAACAACAACGGACAGUGAAAAAGGAAGUCAAGAAAACGGAGCAGCUUCACCGGCCGAAAAACCAAGACCAAAACGCACAAGGAGAGCUCAAAAAGCCGCUGAAAAAGAAGUAGAAAAACCACAAGAACCAGAAAAGCCACAAAAAGAAGUACAACAAGAGGAAAUUCAACAAACUCAACAAUCUGUACUUUUGAUAUCACCGAAAAAGGAACGGAUAUCGGUACCUGAGCCAGAAAUACAAUCACCAGUUCUACAGACAAUUAAGAAAAACAACAAUAAAACCAAAGACAGCAAUAAAACAACAACAAUGAUUCAAACGAAUGUAAAGAACGAAGAAACAAUUUCAACGAACAAAGAUGAGGAAACUGCAAAUGCAUUGGAUAAAACAAAAGUUAUUAAUAAAAUUGCAAGUGAAAGCAACAAUAUGGAUAAAACUGUUGUUUUACCUAACGGAGUCUACAAUCAUGCUCCCGUUACACCUAAGAAUGUGAGGCAAAUGAAUGAAACAGUUGUAUUAGAGAAAUGCAACCAAACUGUUGUUUUGGACAAACCAACAAAUGUUAUAAUGGAUGCAACAGUCGUCAUAGAUAAGGAUCCAAAAGGAAGGAAACUAACAGAAGAUAACUCCCUGUUGACGGACGAUGAGUCUCUGGAGCACACGCCGCCCAAGCAGCCUCCAGUACUGCAGCCCACAUCUGCUGUUAAAGAAAAAGUGCAGCAAUUCGAAGAAAUGGCGACCAGAGUCACCAGAACUAAAACGCGGGCCAUGGCUAAAAAGGAGGAGGAAACAGAAAAUCAAACGCCACCGGACAAAAUAUCCAAAGCAGUACUAUCGAGUGACACUCUCACUAAAAUGAAUAAUAUGAUCUUUAAUGGGAAAACGCCGCAGAUAUCCACAUCAGCAACUAAACCCCGGGCGAAUACAAUUACAAAAACAAUGUUACCAACAUCAACGAGCAAACUGAGUGGCACCCGGACAAAGGAAGAAGAGAGGAUAGAGAAGGAAGAUGCUCGUAGGAAGAAGGAAGCCCUUUUGGAAGCUAAGAGGGAGAUGCAGAAAAAGAAGCGCGAGGACAAGAUGGCGGCGGCGGCGGCGGCGCGCGAGGCGGCGGAGCGCGAGCGCCGCGCGCUGCUGCAGGCGGCGGCGCGCGAGCGCAGGGAGAAGCAGGCGCACGCAGACAUGGGCAAGAUGGAGCGGCUGCGGGAGGUCGAGAGGAGGAAGCAGGAGGUGGCGCGCAAGGCGGCGGAGACGGAGGAGCGGCGGCGCGCGGAGGAGGCGGCGCGGCGCCAGCGCCUGGCCGACGACCUGCGCCGCGCCGGCGACCGCGCGCGACAGCUCGAGGAGGCCGAGGCAAUGAAGAAGGAAGCGGCAAUAAUGGCGCGCGAGAUCGAGAGGAGACAGCGCGAGUUCAUGGAGAAACAGAAGAUGAAACAUCGCAUGGAGGGUGAUAAGAUAGCGACCCCGCUGAAGAGCCACGCGCACCCGCCGCCGGAGCCCGUGUACAUGGCGGACGGCUUCCAGUACCUCAACAGCGACGAGGACGAGGAGGCGCCCGAGCGCGUGCCGCCGCCCUGGAGCACCUCCAAGGCCCGUCGCAAGCAACUGUGCAUACAAGCGUGCAUAUCUCCAAACCACAUAGACAAGCUGUUCUCAGUUCGAGAACAUUCUCCGGACCUCAGUGAAAUAUUCCCCAAUAUUGAGAAGAAUCGUCUCAAACGCACUUCUUCGGCUGUAUGGAGGACUCCCCCGCGUCUGCCCACGCUUAAGGAA